CACUCUAGAACUUACGUCGCGUCGCGUCGUUCAGUGUGUGUGGAUGGGGGUGUCGCAUUCCCCCAUUUGCCGGCAAGGAAGGAUGUUUAUUUCCUGAAUCCUGACUCUCGAGUCUUUCGAUUGAUUCGGACCACCUCCUCUCUGUCGUCACAUCACACCGCUACAAAAGCUUCAUGGAGAAACUGGACGCAGUCGAAACCGGCCAGAAAAGCGGAUCGAAAUGAAGGCCUUCACCGCGCUGCUGAGGUCGUCGAGCGGCGUGUGUUCGCGGCAUGUGCAGCGCGUCGCGGCGCUCGGGCGAUGCGGAAUGUGCAGUAAGCUGGAGCCGAGCUUUGGGUUGUUGUUCGACAUCGAUGGAGUCUUGGUGCGAGGGAAGACCCCCAUCCCAGCGGCCAAGAGAGCUUUCCAGAAGCUGGUGGACGCAAAGGGACAGUUCGUGGUUCCGGUUGUCUUUGUCACAAAUGCUGGCAACUGCUUGCGGCAGAAGAAGGCAGAUCAGCUGUCUCACAUACUGGGUGUUCCUAUCUCUCAAGACCAAGUCAUGAUGUCUCACAGCCCUUUGAGAAUGUUCAAGAAAUAUCAUGACAAGUAUGUGCUGGUAUCUGGACAAGGUCCUGUGCUCGACAUUGCCAAAAACGUGGGCUUCACAAACGUGGUCAGUAUCGACAUGCUGCGGGAGUCGUUCCCUCUGCUGGACAUGGUGGAUCACAACAGACGACCCAAACUACCGUCUUCUCCUGUGGUGAACCUCCCCAGAGUCGAAGCUGUAGUUCUGUUCGGGGAGCCCAUUCGAUGGGAAACAAACCUACAGCUCAUCGUUGACGUCCUUCUCACCAAUGGGAACCUGAGCAAUGCCUACGAGAGCCAUCACAACGCUCACCUGCCACUGCUGGCCUGUAACAUGGACCUGAUGUGGAUGGCAGAGGCUCAUUCACCGAGAUUCGGUCACGGCACUUUCAUGGUAUGUUUGGAGAGCAUCUAUAAGAAGAUCACUGGCCAAGAUCUGAAGUACGAGGCCCUCAUGGGGAAGCCCAGUGAACUGACGUACCAUUUUGCGGAGUACCUCAUCAGAGAACAAGCUGCAGAGAGAGGCUGGAGGCAACCAAUCAGAUCCCUGUAUGCUGUCGGGGACAACCUGAUGACUGACAUUUAUGGUGCCAACCUCUACAAUCGCUACCUCGAGGACCGGCUGGCCAGGAAGACCCGAGCAGUGGCGAAUAUGGUGACCGGAACAGGGACGCCCACCACCGUCCCUCAGGAGGAGGACAUGGACAACGAUUGGGAAAGUGAGCUCGCGUCGCCCUCCGCCACGUCCUGCAAGUCCAUCCUGGUCUGCACAGGCGUCUACAACCCCCACAUGGAGUUACCUAAAGAUGCCAACCAGUGCAUCAAAGAGACGGUCUUCCACGGGCACCGCGACUUCCGCUUCGACCCCGCUCUAGUCGAGCCGGAGAAAAUCGUACAGGAUGUGGAUGCUGCUGUGGAACUCAUCUUUGAGAUGGAGAAGUUCGGGACGGCCGUUUAGUUACAUCGAUGUGAUAUCAAGAGUCUAUAUCGUUCAGCCUUUCCAUUUUAGUAUAUGUUUUAUGGAGAAACCCUCCACAAAUAAGCACAACUGAGAAAACGGCAGCAAUUAUCUAAGAUCUCAUGGCAUUUUAGUGUCACUGGGCAACAUGAUUUCCUUUUAACUGUAACGUGUUUGUGUCCCAGCAGUAUUUCGUCUGAACAGAUUCAUGAAACGCACAGCUAUAGACCGACGCCAGAUGAAUAUUGUAAGUGUGAAGUUGUUUCAGAAGCACGAUGUGGAUCGAAUCUGUGAUCUUCUGGAUUCUACACUUCUGCAUCCCCAGAUUGCAAGGUAUGGAAGCUUGUUUCUGCCAUGCAAUAAAAAAAAUUAAAAAGUCGAUUGCGACUUUUUAUCUCAUAAUUCUGAGAAAAAAGACAGAAUUGUGAGAUAAAAACCCACAAUUACCUUUAUUUUUAUUCUGUGGUGUAAACAAGCUUCCAUAGCAAGGGCUAUCAGUCUGCCUGGUGUUAUUUGUUUAAAUAUUAGACUACAUUAGUACUUCUAUCAUUUCUCACAGUUCAGCAUUGGUAAAAUCAUAUUACAGUAACUCACUGUACUGUUUUAUCAUUAUAUGUACCAAAAAUAUGGUCUACCAUUUUUGUAGAAUUGUAUGUGUAAUGUUUCGUAUUAAUUCAACAUGUUCCAUAUUGUUAUCUCCAUUGUGCCAGUUUUAGUAAUUGUUACAAACUCCAUUCUUUUUAUAUAUGUUUGAUUUGGUAAAUGUUACAUUGUAACAUUCUGGUGAGAUUUGCACUGAGACUUGUAGAAAUGAAAAGCCAUUUACUUGAAUGUUUGUUUUUGAAUUUUACCGGGAAAAUAGUGCAAAGGUUUGCACCUCCAAUAUAGAGUUCAACUGUUCAAAACUAAUAUGAUACUUUCUGGUAGUACAAUAAAGUUUGACAAAUAGUU